AUGGCUUCCUGGGUCAACGAGCGCCCAACGACGCUGGCGCCUAGUCCAGGCAUUCUCAUCAGUCGGUGGAGAUGCCGCAGGAUAGUAAAUGACAGGCGGCAGUACGACUCCACGCAGUCAAUCAUAAGAGCCAAAUCGAAGCGGGAAGUUCCAGCGGCGGAUAUACACCUAUAUGGCGGGCGCGGGAGGCUGAAGUUGCGAUGUAGACCUCAAAGAACUACGAGGAAAUCCUCAAUAUGUUCGACGGCGAGUCGGCGACUCAACAUUGACUUUGCCCUCAAGAACACCCGGGUUUAA